CUUGCGGCGCCGCCAGCUGCUGUAACGCUGAGCUCUCCGCAACCCGCUUGGCCCUGGCUGCUCUAAUCCCCCUGCUCCCGACCUGCAGCCCCGAGAUAAGGACCCAGCUGCAGGCAUAGAUAAAGGAAUCUGCCACACAAAUCCGGGAGGCCAGGCGUGGGCACCCAGCCCAGGACUGCACCUGCUAGACCUAAGGAGGGGGGGGAGGGGCGGCCCAGAGGUGGGGGUGGGGGUACCCAGGUGAACACAGAACUGGAGACAGAAAAGGAGGGAGCCUAGCCUGUAAAGCCAGGCCAUUUGGGAAGAUGAGGCAGGGGCAUUGCCGUGAGUUUGGGGUUGCCUUGGAAUGGAAAGCGAGUCUUUGUCACAAAAGGACAAAAAUGAGAGACAGGAAAGAGAAUGUCAAGUAUGGUGGCAGACACACUUUGAGAGGUGGAGGAAGGAGAAUCAGGGAUUCAAGGUCAUUUCUGGCAAUAGUGAGUUGGAGACUAGUCUGUGCUACCUGAGACCUUAUCUUAAAAAAAUAAAAAUAAAAUAAAACCGUUGAGGAAGAAUAGAAGAGACACACAGAGAGGAAUAGGGGAGGAGGCAGCAGUGGGGCCCUUCGGUCUUCCCUGCCCCCACUUGGUGCCCAGGUCUCCAGUGCUAGCAGGGCCACAGCCACCUGCCUCCCUCACUUCCUGGUGUCAGCUGAGAUCAGGCUGGAGCUGUAGUUCCAGGGGGCUAUCUGGAUCCCUCAGUUCAGGGAGCCACAGACUCUCCCGGAGGCACGUUGCCAGGGGACUCGGGUGUGGAAACUGGCCGAGGAGGAAAGGGGGGGGGCUCUAUUUUCCGUGUUAGGUGGAAUGGUGUACCUGGAGGAGACUAGGACGGAAGGCUGGUUCUCAAAAGGGUACGGAGUAGGUCAUCCUUGGACGCGGAAGGACUAGGGGUGGGGUAGGAGGAGAAAUGGAGGCCCAGAUGCUAGUCUGUGCUCAGGGUUGGAACCGGGCCUGGCGGACAGUAAACCCUCACUAGCUGCUGAGCUCCCCGUAAGGAUCCAGCACCAUUGUAUUCACAUCACCAUGAAUGCUGCACCUCAUGGUUAACGGUCUGUACGGUUUCACAGUUAUCAACUGCCAGGCUGUCACGCCUCCUGCGGGAAGCCAGCCUGGGUUGCCUUGCACAGAAGAGGACGGAGUUGCUUUGAGGAAGGGAUCUUGUUUCUGUCGUUGCCCUUUGCAGCCCUGUUUCUUCCAAGAGCGUGUCCUUAUCACAACCCAAUUGUAGACGCUACAAAGGAGCCUCAGCCUUAAAAUGCAUUGUUAUUCCCAUCUUGCCCAGUAGGGACGGUAGAGAGCAAUGGCGCAAACAGGGUGCUAUUGUGGUCUAAGGCUAAUUAAUCGCUUUACCUCUCUGGGCCUGUUUCCCCUUAUGUUAUACAACCAGCAGAGUCUAGUUCGUGCGUUGCGGGACAGCCUGGGCUACAGGGUGAGACCCCCAUCUCCAUGAAUUAAAUAAAUUUAAAUACUGAUUGGUUUGACUUGGCUUUGGUUGAGACAUGUAGCUCAGGCUGGCCUCAAACACCAGGACUGCCAGGGCUAUACAGAGAAACCCUGUCUCGACCCCCUCCCCCCCCCCCAAAAAAAAAAAAACCAAAACAAAAACAAAACACUACCUCCCGAUCCACCCAAGUGCUGUUCUUACAUGUUUAAGCACAUUUUUAUUAAAAUAGUAAUUGCAGGAUCGGAGAAGUGCCUGAUGUCAGGCUCAAGGGGCUGAGUUCAAUCCCGGGACCGACAUGGGGAUGCAGGGACCCCCGCCCCCCAUUGUCAUAUGACCUCCACAUAAGGGUGACACACAGGAGACCCACACACACACAAUAGAUGAGUAAAUGUCACUUUCAAAGUAACGCUGGCACACACCUUUAAUCCCAGCACUUGGGAGGCAGAGGCAGGAGGAUUUCUGAGUUUGAGGCUUGCCUGGGCUACAUAGUGAGACGCUGUCUCAAAAAAAAAAAAAAAAAGAAAAAAGAAAAGAAAAGGCAGUACAAUAAAAAUAAUUCAAAUUGCCACGCGUUUAUGGGCCACAGUGGCUCACGAAGGGCACUGUCAAAGGACAGCGUGUCCCCGUGAAGUCAUUUGAUCCUUCAAAGCUGUUGGUAUUUUUUGUUUGUCUUCUGAGACACGGUUUCUCUGAGUAGCUCAGGCUGUUCUGGACCUCACUCUAUAGACCAGGCUGGCCUCGAACUCAUGAUUCACCUGACUCGAUCUCCCCAGUGCUGGGAUUAAAGGCGUGCGCAACACCGCUCGGGCUGCGGUUUUUUAUUAUAAAAUAACAGACUCGUUUGUAAAAGGGACAGAAGCAGAGUAGGUGAGUGUGAGCUGCACCCACACCCACACCCCCAGAUUCACUUCCACGGAUCAAGAGUGACCCACGGAUGACCGACAAGAACCCCUCCGGGACCCUUGAGCACUUCCGUUUCCUGCGCAGCCUUGGCCCCCCCCCCCCCCGCCCCCACGGUCGUGCGCACGCGCGCCUUAGCAGCAUUGCUGUAGUCUGAGCGUGCGCAUUUCUUUCUGUAGGCUCCAGAGGACACGAGCGACCCGGAAGACUUUCCUGCCACACUCCAGAGCUGGUGUGAGGGGCAUCGAUGGCGGAGACGGCAGCGGAGAGCGGUGGUGGCGGUGACUCCGGGGUUGGCGCGUGCGAACGGGGGGUGGCGCCCAUUAAAGCUCAGUACCGCACAACCAAAGAACGGUUCCACGAAUAUCUGGAUGGAGACAAGCAGGAGGGUGCAUGCCAGGAAGUGCCCACAGGAGACCCAGCUGAGCCAGGGGCCAAAAGAAUUCGCCUGGAAGAUGGGCAGGAAAAUGGGAAGACAGAGGUGGCAAUUGAAUCCCGUGAAAGGCAGGUGCCCAAGAGGGCCCGUGGCCAAAACAAAAGCCGGCCCCAUGUGAAGCCAGCACACUACGACAAGGACAGGCUCUGCCCGUCCUUCCUCCAGGAGCCGGCCACCCCAUGUGCAUUUGGAGACCGUUGCCGCUUCCUGCACGAUGUGGGGCGCUACCUGGAGACCAAACCGGCAGACCUGGGCCCCCGCUGCGUGCUCUUCGAAACCUUUGGCCGGUGCCCUUUCAGCAUGACCUGUCGCUUUGCUGGAGCACACCUGGGGCCUGAGGGGCAGAACCUGGUGCAGGAAGAGGUGGUGGCCCGCUGUGCACAGCUCCCUUCAGUGCGGAAUGGCUUAGACAGGGCCCUGCAGCAGCAGCUGCGGAAGCGCCAAGUGUGCUUUGAGCGAGCUGAGCAGGCCCUGAACCGCCUCACCCAGAGCCCCAUGCCCACUGUUGUCCCUGAGACCACUGUGGCCAUGGCGACCCCAAAGCAGAAUAGCUGCCAUGCCCAGCUAGAUACCGUAGGAGGGGCUGGCACCCCGCAGAGCAGCCCUGUGCCAACCUGUGGCCCCUUGACAGACGAGGACGUGAUCCGGCUGCGGCCCUGUGAGAAGAAGCGGCUAGACAUCAGCGGAAAGCUGUAUCUGGCUCCUUUAACCACGUGUGGAAACCUACCCUUUCGCCGCAUUUGCAAGCGCUUUGGCGCGGAUGUGACCUGCGGUGAGAUGGCCGUGUGUACGAACCUGCUCCAGGGACAGAUGUCUGAGUGGGCUUUGCUCAAGCGCCACCCCUGUGAGGACAUCUUUGGGGUGCAGCUGGAGGGCGCGUUCCCUGACACCAUGACCAAAUGUGCCGAGCUCCUCAACCGCACCAUUGACGUGGACUUCGUGGACAUCAACGUGGGCUGCCCCAUCGACCUCGUCUACAAGAAGGGUGGUGGCUGUGCACUCAUGAAUCGCUCCGCCAAGUUCCAACAGAUUGUGCGGGGCGUGAAUGAGGUGUUGGACGUCCCACUGACUGUGAAGAUGCGCACAGGUGUCCAGGAGCGUGUGAGCCUGGCACACCGACUGCUGCCCGAACUGCGGGACUGGGGUGUCGCACUGGUCACGGUGGGUGUCGGGCAGUGCGGUCACACGUCAGGGUUCCUGUGGCUCUCCCGCUUCCUCGUUCUGUCUCUCUGUUUGGUUUCUUGCUGUCUCUCUGUGCCCCCUCCUGCCCUUCACCUCUUGAUCCCCUCGGCCUGUUACCUCCACCUUCAACCCUCAUUACUGCUGCCCCACCCCCAGCUCCAUGGCCGCUCCCGGGAACAGCGCUACACCAGGCUGGCUGACUGGCCCUACAUAGAACAGUGUGCCAAGGUGGCCAGCCCCAUGCCCCUGUUUGGAAAUGGGGACAUCCUUUCGUUUGAGGACGCCAACUGUGCCAUGCAGACAGGCGUUGCGGGGAUCAUGGUUGCCCGUGGUGCCUUGCUCAAGCCCUGGCUGUUCACGGAGAUCAAAGAACAGAGGCACUGGGACAUCUCGUCCUCCGAGCGCCUGGACAUCCUGAGGGACUUCACUCACUACGGUUUAGAACACUGGGGCUCCGACACACAGGGCGUGGAGCGGACCCGGCGCUUCCUGCUUGAGUGGCUCUCUUUUCUUUGCAGGUAUGUGCCCGUGGGCCUGCUCGAGCGACCCCCACAGAGGAUCAAUGAGAGGCCACCCUAUUACUUAGGCCGUGACUACCUGGAGACACUGAUGGCCAGCCAGCAGGCUGCAGACUGGAUUCGCAUCAGUGAGAUGCUGCUUGGACCAGUACCUCCUGGCUUCGUCUUCCUGCCCAAGCACAAGGCCAAUGCCUACAAGUAGCCAAUACAGACAAUAAAUAUUAUUCUUCUAUCAUU